CACGUAAGACAGAGUACGAGAACAAUGCUAUACCAACAGCUAAAACUACUCUUAAUGGCGCUUAACAAACGCUUCAUAGAAUAAUAUUCUGUUAAACUCCGUAUGCGGGAAAAUGCUUCGAUUCCCGCGAUUUGAUAUGCGGUCAACAAGAAUUAAAGCAGAAUAGUCGACGACCCGCGUCCAUUUUUUCUACGUUCUUUCUCAUUUUGCAAAUUUACCUCAAUCUGAGUAAGCAAAUAAAAAGCCUGGGUUAUAAUCUGGGAAUGUUCGACUCAGCUGGGGUUUAAUGUUGGAAGCGUAACAGUCAAGCUGAAUUUGCUCCCAUUGGAGUCUACGGUCUGGCCUGCUAAAGACAUGACAGUUUCAAAGCGGCUGAUAUGAUCAAAAUGUUCCAUGUAUUUCAGAAUCUCUUUGAAUAUCAGGAGAAAAGUAUGAUUGACCAUUGGAUUGUACACAUAAAUGAGAAAAAUGACAGACAAAAGUAUUCGAGUAACAAAAUUUCAACUAAAAAAUAUAGAUGGUAUUCUUUUCUGCCCAAAGGACUAUUUGAGCAGUUUCGAAGAGUUGCAAAUUUUUAUUUUGCAUUUCAUGCAGCCCUUUCCCUCACACCAAUCACACCAGUCAAUCCCUCCACGACCAUUAUUCCUCUUGUUUUUGUCAUUGGGAUUUCAAUGGCAAAAGAAGCUGUAGAAGACUUUCGCCGUGGCAAGCUUGACAAAAAAGUUAACAAUGAUUUUGUUUUACUAUGGAAGCAAAAUGAAGGGUUUGAAAUACGUCGCUGGAAAGAUAUAAAAGUUGGUGACAUUGUAAAGGUUAACCGUGAUGAUUUCUUCCCUGCUGAUCUACUGUUUCUAUCAUCAAGUGAUUCUGAUGGUUUAUGCUAUGUUGAGACAAUGAACUUAGAUGGGGAGACAAAUUUGAAACUAAGAAGAUGUCUUGAAGAAACCAGGAACUUAGCAGAUAGUCCUACCUUUCGAGACUUUAAUGCUGUUGUUGAGUGUGAGCUACCGAAUCCCUCCAUUUAUACUUUUGUGGGAAGAUUAUUAUGGCAGGAUAGGAUAUUAAAUCUCAGUCCUACACAGGUUCUUUUACGUGGUUCAAAGCUGAGGAAUACUUCACAUGUAUAUGGAGCAGUCCUUUUUACUGGACAGGACACCAAGAUAAUGAAAAAUUCAACAGACCCACCUUCAAAACGUAGUACUAUGGAGAGGCGCUUAGAUAAAGUGAUUAUAUUCCAGUUAUUACUUCUUAUCAUACUGUCACUUGUUAGUAGUUGUGCAUUUUCUAUCAAUCUUGGGAAGAACUUUAAGGACUACAUUUACUUGCGACCUGAUGAUACACAUGGCAAAAACAGCAUAGCUUCUGCUCAGUUUGAUAAAGAUAAUGUUUACGUAGCUGGAGUUUUACAGUUUUUCACAUGUCUUGUGCUCUACGGUUAUUUUGUCCCAAUAUCACUUUAUGUGUCAAUGGAAAUAGUGAAGACAGUGCAGGCAAUCUUCCUGAAUAUGGAUGUAGAAAUGUACUAUGAAGAAAAUGACAAACCUGCAUCUGCUCGAACUUCAAAUUUGAAUGAAGAACUGGGUGAGGUUAGCAUCAUUCUUUCUGACAAGACAGGGACCUUGACCCGGAACGAAAUGGAAUUCUUCAAAUGUUCAAUUGCUGGUGUUUCUUAUGGGACAGGUGUGACUGAGGUGGAGAAGUUUGUUCUUGAAAAGACUGCCACGGAGCUUUCUUCUAAUGAAAUAGAGUGCUCUCAUCCGAAAGGAUAUAACUUGAGAGAUAAUAGACUUGAAAAUCUGAGGUGGCAGGAAGACCAACACAAAGAUGUAGUUCAAAGAUUUCUAGAAAUUCUUGCUUUGUGUCAUACGAUAGUUGUUGAGUUUGAUUCUAAUGAGGACAAUGUCAAGUAUGUUGGAGAAUCACCGGAUGAGGCAUCUUUUGUUGUGGCUGCUAAGAUGUUGGGAUUUUUUCUUUACAAACGGUCAGCAUCAUCAAUGUUUAUUCGAUUUUAUCAAUCAACUGGGAGCUACUAUGAGUAUGAAUAUGAGGUGCUCAACACAAUUGAUUUCAGCAGUGCAAGGAAGCGUAUGUCCGUAAUUGUCCGUGAUCCAGGUGGUCAGAUUUUACUUUUAUGCAAAGGUGCUGAUAAUGUCAUUUUUGAGAGACUUUCUUCAGAAGUAGAGGAGUGGAGAUACAUGACACUGGAGCAUUUGAAAGAGUAUGGAGAAGCAGGCCUUAGAACGCUGGCUUUGGCAUAUAAGAAACUUGAUGAAGAAUCCUACUUGGAAUGGGAGAAGAGAUGGAUCAGAGCAAAGCAGGAUAUUAUCAAUUCUGAUGAACAGAGUCAAAGUCUGGAAGAGUUAGCUGAAGAAAUCGAAAGAAAUUUGAUUCUUGUUGGGGCUACUGCCAUUGAGGACAAACUACAGGCUGGUGUUCCUCAAGCUAUUCAAAAUCUUGCAAGUGCUGGAAUCAAAAUCUGGGUUUUGACUGGAGAUAAAAUGGAAACAGCAAUAAAUAUUGGUUAUGCAUGCAGAAUUUUGCAAAAUAACAUGAGAAAACACAUUAUACGUUUAGAAGAUAAUGGUUUCCUUCAAGCAGAAGCAUUGAAAGAGAAAAAAAACUUGAAUGAGAUAUGUACAAUAUUAGUCUCUGAGCAAAUUCAAGCAGGAAAAGUUGCGUUGGGUGGUCAGAAAGAAGAAACGUCCAAUGCAGUCAUUAUUGAUGGAAAAGCACUUGGGUUUGUCCUUUCAGAUGAAAACUUGAAGAAGAUGUUUUUAACAUUAUCCCUCCAAUGUGAUUCUGUGAUUUGCUGCCGGGUGUCUCCUAAACAGAAAGCACUUGUCACAGAACUUGUGCGUAAAGAUGGCAACAAGAUAUGUCUAUCUAUUGGUGAUGGUGCAAAUGAUGUUGGUAUGAUCCAAAAGGCAAAUAUUGGUGUUGGAAUUAGUGGUGUUGAAGGACAACAGGCAACUAUGGCAGCAGACUUUUCCAUGGCACAGUUCCGCUUUCUUGAACGUCUUCUUUUAGUUCAUGGUGCCUGGUGCUAUACUCGAAUCUCAUUCCUGAUAAAAUACUUUCUCUACAAGAACAUUAUAUUUGGGUUUUCCAUUUUCUUCUGGAAUGCAUUAACAAUGUUUUCAGGACAGUCAGUAUACGCAGAUUGGUUUUUAUCACUGUACAAUCCACUCUUCACAGCAUUUCCUGUUGGUGUGGUGGCUAUUUUUGACCAAGAUGUGAAGUCAACUUAUCGGUUACAGUUUCCAUGUCUGUAUAGGCAGGGCCAAAGAAAUCAAUCUUUCACUGCCUGGAAAUUAACUUCAUGGUUCUUCAAUGGUAUUAUUCAGGCACUUCUCUCUUUUUUUGUCAUUCUUCUCAGCUAUUCAUAUCAUUCUGAUCGGCAAAAUGGCCAAAUGAUUGAUAUAAACUCAGUUGGGACAACAAUGUUCACCUCCAUUGUACUAAUUGUGAAUCUCCAGAUGGCAGUUGCAAUCCAGGCAUCAAAUGGAGAUCUCUUCAAGGACGGUCUUCGCCAGGACGAUCAAGCCAGGACAAGGGCGACCUCUUUCAAUCCAGCGUUCCAAGGCGAGUUCUGGACAUGGAUUCACCUUGUGGCCAUUUGGGGAGAGAUUUUAAUAUGGCUCAUAUUUUUGGUAUCCACGGGACAGCUACCAAUCAAGCUUUCAGGCCAACUGCAGAGGCUAUUCGUUUCUAUCAUGGCACCAACUCCUAGUUUUUAUAUAAUUGCACUUAUGGGAACUACACUUGCGCUGCUACCUAGUUUUGCAUUUAUAUCUUUUUUCAGAAAUUUCUAUCCUGAGGAUUAUCAAAUUGUCCAAGAGAUUGAAAGAAAGGAUGGAAGUUGUAGCUUCCAAAAAAGUGUUUCAAUGUUUGGUGGGAAAAAUUCUUUUGAUCUAGGAUUGGAACUUACACAACCAAAUAUUUUGACUAUACCUCCAAGUGAUGCGAAGUAUGGUAUUUCAAGCAGCUUUGCAAAUAAAGUAGCUAGCACCAUAAGCUGGAGGAUAGAAAGCCCUGAUGUUGCCAAGGACCAAAACACACGCCAAGAAUAUCAACUGAAAGCAAGACAUGAAUCCUCUCAAUAGCUAUAGCAAGGGUGAAAUACACCUAAAGGAAAGGGGUUCUUAAGUGUCAAAGGGACAAGUUACCACUUUUGUCUCUUGCAUAGUUAUAGCAAGAGAAAAAAAUUAGGUGUUGACCAAGGUUGAGGUCCUAGAAGAGGCUCGUACAUUGGCACUAUAAGUAGAACCCUGUGAUUAGUGUCUAUAAUGACCUACUGUAAGAAAUGUAUUUUUUUCCAAAUUCCAUUCCCAGAGCAUUCUGUCUUGUAUAUGUAAUCUAUCUGAUGUUCACUGGUGAAUCUGACAUAUAAUAUAUAAUGCUAAAAAAUUUGAACUCUCAAAACACACUUGAGGACCAAUAAACCAAGUAAAAAGAAGUGAUGGUAUAAUUUUCCUUUUAGUCCGGGAUUAGUUUUGUACGCUAGCCUACAUUCUGUAUUUCAAAGUCAAUAAUUGAUCUCCCUGCAAAGAUUUCAGUUAUUCCUUGAUGCCAUGAAGGUUGUUUAGAGGCUCUCUUAAAAGGAUCGUGAAGCAUUUGUUUGAUUGCCUCUUAGAUGAAGUAACUCCUUGCAACUUGUAAUUCAAUUUCAAAGUUUCUGUUUCCAAAAUACAACAGCCUUUCAUUUUAUAUUCCUUGCUUAGUAAAUCUCUAUUGAUGUUGCCAGUUGCCUUUAAUGUGGUUUGCAGUGUAAUUCACACCCAAAUGUAUCCCAUUUUGCAAG